AUGGCCACCGACGUGAAGGACUUUGCGAGCCUAUCCGCGCCCAGCGACGCCAAUGAGAUCACGCGCAGCAACCAGCUCAACUCGCCUCUCUUGCGUCUUCCUGGAGAGAUUCGCAACCGCAUUUACGAGUACACGUUCUUCGACUGCAAGAUGAUUGUGAAAGACCCUCACAGACGCGGCCUGAUAUACCGCCGGAACAACAGCCCACUUCACGUACUCGCGACCUGUCAGCAGAUUCGCCACGAAGCUACGACCAUAUUCUGGAACGAAUGCACUAUCGACGCUGCCUCUGUAUUUCCACGACGGGAACUCGAACCUGCUGUGGGAUCGUCGAACUGCGCUCGCAUCACGUCCCUCGUUGUCGAUCAGGGAAUAUUGUACCAAGAGCAGUACAACUUCACCGUGCCGAUCUCAAACACACUGGCAAAUUUUCCGCUGUUAAGCAAAGUCCGUCUGGUGUAUUACUUGCCGGAUGAAGAAGUGGAGGCUGCACUGCGCUGUAUCCGCGCCAUGGGCAUCGAGGUGGAGUGCAUAGAGCCAAACCGGACUCCAUACUAUUGA